AUGGGCAAGCUGAUUCGUCAACCUGCCUGUUGUUCUUUCUCUUUGUCCCUGGAACCCGUAAUUCUCCACAACCAAGAACAUUACCCCCACUACCUAUGUCAAUCACUGCUCAGUCUUCAACUUAGAAGCCUCAUCGUCAAUGAAUUUUGUCGAGACUGGAGCAACUUGUUCUUCUGCCAAUGUGCCACUAUUGUGAAAAUGUCAUCUGAAGUGGCCGUUAAAAUCGGUGCUCACGUCAACUUUAUCGAAGCCAAGAAUAUGAUCUAUCCAAGAAUAUGA